ACGGUGACUGCAGGCAGGCAUGGCAGCAGAUCCAAGGAAACCAUUUUCAGCAUCAGCAAGGCCAUCAUGCAGAAUCCCAAUGCAAUCAUCCUCUGUAUUCAGGAUGGCAGUGUGGAUGCAGAGCGCAGCAUUGUAACAGACUUGGUUAGCCAGAUGGACCCCCAGGGGAAGAGAACCAUCUUUGUCCUGACUAAGGUGGACUUGGCAGAGAAGAACCUGGCCAGCCCGAGCAGAAUCCAGCAAAUAGUGGAAGGCAAGCUGUUUCCCAUGAAGGCCCUGGGUUACUUUGCUGUAGUGACAGGAAGAGGUAGCAGCAGUGAAAGCAUAGACUCCAUUAAAGACUAUGAGGAAGACUUCUUCCAGAACUCCAGAUUACUAAGGGACGGCAUGCUUAAAGCCCACCAGGUGACCACAAAGAACUUGAGUUUGGCUGUCUCUGACUGCUUCUGGAAGAUGGUGAGGGAGUCUGUUGAGCAGCAGGCGGAUGUCUUCAAAGCAUCUCGCUUCAAUCUGGAGACAGAAUGGAAGAACAACUACCCUCGACUGAGAGAGCUGGACAGGAAUGAACUCUAUGAAAAGGCCAAAAAUGAAAUAUUGGAUGAAGUAAUCAGUUUGAGUCAAGUGACCCCCUUACACUGGGAGUCCAUCCUGCAAAAGAAGCUGUGGGAGCGUGUUUCCACCCAUGUGAUUGAAAAUAUAUACCUACCUGCUGCCCAAACAAUGGACUCUGGUACCUUCAACACCACAGUAGACAUCAAGCUCAAGCAGUGGACGGACAAGCAGCUUCCACACAAAGCACUAGAGGUUGCCUGGGAGACACUGCAGGAAGAGUUUGCCCGCUUCAUGGCUGAAUACAGAGGCAAAGACCAAGACGACAUUUUUGACAAGCUGAAGGAGGCUGUGAAGGACGAGAGUAUCAAGAGGCACAAAUGGAACGAGAGGGCCAUGGACAGCCUGAGGGUGAUCCAGCACAAUGCUCUAGAGGACCGAUCCAUCACAGACAAGCCCCAGUGGGAUGCAGCGAUCAGUUUCAUGGAGGAAACUCUGCAGUCCCGCCUCAAAGACACUGAGUCAGUAAUCAGUGAUAUGGUGGGACCAGACUGGAAGCAGAGGUGGCUGAACUGGAAGAAUCGCACACCAGAUCAGCACAUUCGUAAUGAAACGAAAAAUGAGCUGGAGCGCUUGCUGAAGCUUCACGAUGAUCACACAGCCUACUUGGCCAAUGAUGAGGUCACCACUGUUAGGAAGAACCUGGAGGGACGAGGGGUCGAAGUCGACCCUGUGCUGAUAAAGGACACGUGGCAUCAGCUGUAUCGCCGACACUUCCUGCAGAACGCGCUGUCCCACUGUAACCUCUGCAAGAGAGGUUUCUAUUACUACCAGAGACACUUUGUUGACUCUGAGUUGGAGUGCAAUGAUGUGGUACUGUUUUGGAGGAUCCAGAGGAUGCUGGUCAUCACAGCCAACACCCUCCGACAACAGCUCACUAACACUGAAGUGCGUCGGUUGGAGAAAAAUGUAAAGGAAGUGCUGGAUGACUUCGGGGAAGACCAGGAGAGGAAGAGUCAGCUCAUUACUGGUCGCCGAGUCCAACUGGCAGAAGAUCUCAGUAAGUCACUCAAACACUUUACAGCAGCAAAGUUAUUCCUGUUUAUGAGUUAAAUAAAAACGCAAGUA